CUAAGAGGGCAUGAUGUCGGCACACCGUCUUUUCCGCUUCCCGAAGCCCGCCUGGAUAAACAGCGCAAAUGCCAGGACGGCGGGCGUCUAUACCGCGGGAGCUCUGUUCUCCCUCGGCUUCUACCUCCUCAUCGACGUCGCCGCAUGGUCCAAAUCCGCCAUGAACCCGUCCGACCCGCCCGUCCACGUAACCUUCGUCGACUGGAUCCCCGGCAUCUGCUCCGCACUCGGCAUGCUUGUCAUCAACUCGAUCGACAAGUCACGACUAUCUGCCGAUUCCUUCUCAUACAGCGGAAACGGCGUUGCGUGGAAGGCACGGCUGGUGCUCUUCCUCGGGUUUGCGCUGCUGGCGGGCGGACUCGCUGGAAGCGUGGUCGUACUGGUCCUAAAGUACAUCGUUAGCGACUAUACCUGGCCCACUAUUUGGAUGGGCGUGGGGAAUGUGAUUGCGAAUGGAAUGGUUAUGCUGAGCUCCGCUGUUCUUUGGGUCGCGCAGAACAUGGAAGACGAGUACACAUACAAUCUCGCGCUCUAGAGGAUAUCGCUUCGUUCAUGGGUGGGCUGGACGUAGCUCAGCUAGCGUGUAGCGCAGCAGAUGCGAAGGAUGAGUUAGAUGUGGAAUACCCUGGGCUUUGACGGGGGUUGGCAUUUGCGAUUGGAAUUGUACAAAUACUGACAAGGCGUUGGACGUGCUUUUGUACCAAAGCAUCCUUUUCAUACUUCAAACCUGAGCAUUUCAACCGAUGGCACAUGCUAUUUCAGUGAUAUGCGUAUACAAUUGAAAGAUGUAAUAUG